UUUCAGAACGUUGCCGUGGUGGAACAGCCUCUCUGCUAAUACGAUUAAUGGCACAGGUAUUUUUACACUUGACAUACAAUAUGUUUAUUUGAUCAGUCACCUGCACGUGACUGUAUUGUUCCAUAUAUAGUAUUUAAUUCAUAUUCCAUUGUUUCUUUAUAAUAAGGUGGUGAAAGGUUUAGACCUUUCAUUGAAAAAGAUGAUGAGUUAUACGUCUUUGUAACUGACAUUUGCAGGUACAAACAUGCAUUUUAAAUAUAUAUAUAUAUAUAUAUAUAUAUAUAUAUAUAUAUAUAUAUAUAUAUAUAUAUAUAUAUAUAUAUAUAUAUAUAUAUAUAUAUAUAUAGUUUACAUUUAACAGUAUACAGUGGCGUAACGUUAUAUCAGGGGGCCCCCGGUUCAAAAUUUUCGAAGGCCCUCCCCCCAUAGUAGAAAUGCCGAAUGCACGAGUUGAGCGCCGUAUAUGCACGAGUUUUCCGGAAAAUUUUUGAAUCUAGACUCUCUGAAAUGCCAUUUCCCGGACUUUGGGAAGAGAUUUUACAGAAUUCUGAUGGUCAGAAAACGACAUUGUAACAUAUUUGUUCUACAGCCUGAGCCUGGGGGCCCCCAUUUGGCCCAUUGGGGUUGGGGGCCCCCGGGUUCUCACGGUCUGAGCCCAUAGUAGUUACGCUACUGACAGUAUAGUUAGUAAGUUUGUAGUUAAUUACUGUAGGUUGAUAAAUUAGUUAUACAUGCAAUUGGUAAUUUAGUUGACAAAUUGGUUGUUAGUUGGCUAGUCCUUGGCAUAGAAAGCUAACAUUACUAUAGGGAAAAAACUUGAAAACAUUUGGAGAAAAAGUGCCUGGUCGGGAUUUAAACCCGCGACAAAAACCCUAUAGCUUUCUCAAUUAAUAACAAUCAUAUAGUGUAGAAGAAAGAAAAAUUUCUCAAGUCAGUAAUUAUUGGGGCGAGGUCUUUGGAUUAAUGUAUUUCUAGCAUGAUAUAUUUCUGUUUUUCUUUGCAUUCUAGAUCAUUGAAAGUCACAUAUGAUUCCACUGUUACAGUUCAUGGUAUUGAUCUUUACCGUUUUACUCCUCCUAAAGAGGUUUUCGACAAUGGUAACAUCAACCCAGAAAAUAAAGGAUUUUGUGUGACUGGUCCUAACAAAGUAUGUCUACCUUCUGGAUUACUUGAUGUCAAUCCGUGUAAAGGAGGUGCAAGAGGUAAUUGUUUCCUUAUAAUCUACAGUUUCUGCUACAUCCACAAUAAAUAUAUAAUCAGUAUAAUAUUUAAUCAAAUAUGUAAUAGAUAUAAUCAGUUUUUCGGAAAAGCAUUUCCUUCAUUCGUUUAUAUACUAUGCAUGCACCUGUCAAUUACAUACCAUUAAAACUAGCCUAUAGGCCUACUGUAUAUAGCACCAUGCAUAUAUAAAGUUAAUUGUAAGCGUAAAAUGCAUGCCAUUGCAUGAUUAUCAUCGGAUUAUUCUAUCAGUUUGACAUGCUGUAUAAUAAAAAGUAACGGGUUUUUUUUCAGUUUGUCCUUGCAGAAUAUGUAUUCAAAGCCUUCAAAUUGUUUACAACCGUGGCAGGUUAAAUAACGUUUGUAUAUACUAUUUCAUUUAGCUCCUCCAUUUGUUGCUUCUACACCACAUUUCUAUCUUGGUGAUCCUCUACUAUAUCAACUGUUUAAUUUGGUGCCAAACAAAGAAAAACAUGCCACGUUUAUUGAUAUUGAACCAGUAUGUAUAAUUCACUGUGCGAUUAUCUUGUGUGAGGAAUUGUGAGAUUUUCUCCACUAUACUGCUUCAGACUAUUUACUGCAAUACCCUAUAGUAAGAAUAGAAAUUACUGCAUUUCGUCCACAGUAAAUCAACUAAUAAGCUCCCUCUCUAUUGAGCCCUCUCCUCUCCAAUAGGCUCCUGGGUCGUUCCACCGUUAUGGACAUUACAUCCAGACCAUUUUGCAACAUUUUCGUUCCACACUUCAUAAAGUAGUUAACAUUUUCUUGUUUUAUUAGCCGCAUGAUAUAGCUAUAUGGGGCUCACCCUUUGUGAUGCAAAGCAAAAUACACUGGAAUAGAUGUUUAUAAAUGGUAUAAUGAAUUGGUUUCAAGAGUUGUUCUGGACAUUACAGCUAAAACAACUACUCAUUUCAAUUCAUAAUAUUAAAUCUUAAUUUUUGUGAAUCUCAAAUGGUUGAAAAACAAUCACUACUUUAUUAAAACGGACAAGAAUUACGUCAUAGUAUAGUAUAUUGCAGUUUAUUUCACUUAUACAAUUGUUAUUGGUUAUGGACAUUACACAAAAUGUUACGGACAUUACACAGUGUGCGUUUUACCUAUUAAAUCAGCUAAAAAUCUCUUGACAUUGCAUGCAUGCAUGAAUUUGCUAGUGUUCCUGAAACUAGAACUAAUGUGUAGGUGUUGCUAUAUCACUGAUCAAACAGGAAACCAAACUAUGGCUCCUUAAAGAACAACACAGAACGUUUCAAGCUCGAAUUCAGUGUCGGCAGCCAAAUUUGCUUUAUGUAGACUGAGUUACAGAACCCUAAAAGGGAGGGUGUGACCCAAAUGUAACCAUCAAAGACAAAUUUUGUUCAUUUCAACUCAUGACCUUUCAUGAUUGGCAUAAGUUGUUACAUACGUAUUGAAUAUUGGUUUCAAAAUUGGUGAUUUUCUUCUCUUAUGGAAUAGCCCUGCUCCUCAAGUAAGGAAAUACGACUGAAAUAAAUGAGCCCAGGGGAGAGCUUCAUACAUUUUACGGUGUAUAGAACUUUACCAUUUACCAGUACUGAAAGCCAAAAUAGAAUAAUCACGAAAACUGCUGAAUGUAAAUAUGUUGAGAGCGAACGUUAAAACAAUUGUUAUUCAUUCAUUAAAGAAUACUGGGCUCGCCAUGCAAGGUCAUAAACGACUUCAGUUAAAUUUCGCAAUUCCCAGAAGUUUAAAUAUCAAAAAGUAAGUACUUCUCUUAUACUUUCAGAAAAUCAUUGAUUAUGUCAAUUACAAUAUAACUGCAUGCAUGACCAGCAUGGGAAACUUUAUUCAGAAACUUUAACAACUUUCUAUCUAUUUUUCUCAUCAUCUAGCAUACUCUUGAAUGUCAAUACGUCGGAUGUUCUUUUUAUUCCUUCAUUUUCCACAGAUGAGGUAAGUUUCGAUUGACUCUAUACUUCAGAUCUAUAUUCCCCCCAUAUAUAUAUAUAUAUAUAUAUAUAUAUAUAUAUAUAUAUAUAUAUAUAUAUAUAUAUAUAUAUAUAUAUAUAUAUAUAUAUAUAUAUAUACCGGUAUAUAUAUAUAUAUAUGGGGGGAAUAUACCUAUAUAUAUUUAACAGUUAUUCUACGAACUCGAGUCGAAUAUGAGCUGAUAGCCGAUGAGGCGCGUAGCGCCGAAUCGGCUAUCGCUCAUAUUUGACGACAGUGAGUGGAAUAACUGUUUUAUUAUAUACACAAGGUCUGAAUUCACAGACUUUGCUUUUCGAAUAUUUUCAAUAUUUUUCUAUUUUGUUUAUGUUUUUAUCUUCGCUCUUUCGGCCGAUUAUUUUUUCAAAAAUAUAUAUUUUUAACCAUUUUAAAUAUUAAAAAUUUAUUUGCUAACCUAAAACAAUUUGUGGGAGUUUUUUAUUGUGUUUUUAAUCCUGUGAAGGCUAUAAAAAGCGACAACUUGCCGUUUUCUCGUUUGCAAAACAUCGUAAAUUCAGUUUGGCCGCCAUUUUGUUUUUCUCUACUAGCAGGAUAUGAGCUAAUAUCCUGCUAGUAGAGAACCAAUCAGAUUACAGAAUACCUCAUAUCCAGACCUUGUGUAUAUAUAUAAUAAUAAUAAAUAUAUAUAUAUAUAUAUAUAUAUAUAUAUAUAUAUAUAUAUAUAUAUAUAUAUAUAUAUAUAUAUAUAUAUAUAUAUAUGGGGAAAUCUUGGUCUAUAUAUCCACUUAAGCGGUGCAUACACGCACAGUCGGCAUUAAUUGAAUACAGUGAAUAUAAAUUUUGAUAUGAAUAACAUCAGUUCUUAUAUAAGAAACGAAUAGUUUUGAAAUUUUAGUUAUAGCCUAAUAAUGAACUUUUUGCUGGAAAGGAAUCAAGAAGAAACUAUAUACCGGUAUAAUUGUUGUAAAUUAUGAAUAUUUAGACCUUUUUGAAUGAAUCGAAUAAUAAAGACUUGGAAAUAUUCAAAAUAAUAAUAUCUGUUAGUGAUAUUAUUGCAUAUUUUACCAGGCUAACACAUAACAGCAUAUGUUGACAAAACAGUGGCCUUCCUGAUUUAUAAUUGAGCGACAAUUUUUCGUCUUUCACCUCAGCACAUUGCUGUGAAUUAUAAGCAACACAUUAAGUUCCACUUUCCUAUAAAAGUUUUUGGAUUAAAUUUUCAAAUCACAACUGACAGACCUUUUUCAUGAUACACAUGUCGGAAAAUUCGGAUUAAAAGCAUAUUUUUGGAAUUUCAAUAUGCAUACUGUAAUAUUUAGUUUGCCAAAAUCAGUGAAGAAGAUGCAGAUGAUUUCAAGAAAAGUGUUCUUCUUCCAUUACGUGUUGCUAAAGUCAUGCCAUACGUUAUGAUUGGUCUUGGAGCGUUGUUGCUGAUUAUUGCUGUAAUUAUCGUCAUUGUAUGUCGUUCGAAUAGAAGGAAAACGACAAGUGGUGCUAAUGGAGAAUGUAUGUGUAUUGAAUAG